AUCGCGCGAACGCCCACACGCCCUCCGCGCCCCGGACCCAGUCAUUCCUUUGAGCGCUUAAGUGAGAUCCGGCAUCUCGUUUCAAGCCAUUCAACCCCAAGGCCACUUCCAUCCUGCCUGUCCUUUAGUCCUGAUAUAGCGCAUAAUUUCUCAUCGCUCUCCAAAAAAGUUUGAGCUUGCGCCGCAACGCUCCACAUUUAAUCGUCCUCGACGCUCUGCAUUCCCCUACGCCACCGACGCCGUGGUCUGCCAUCCGCCUCCGAGCAGACCUCAGGCAUGCCAGUUCAGACGACAUCACGAUCGUACGCUCCUCCCAUGCCCUCCUUCAUGGCGGUCUUUGGCGAGGAGGCGAAGAAAAAGAGAGCGGUGCCCGAGUACUCGGAUAGAAAUGUGCUCCCGGUGCGCAACGACAUCCCGUUGAAACGCCCCGCGACGAGCAGUGCCGUCCUGUACAACCCAAACACAAACUUUGCCUAUCACCAGCAUCGAGGCAGCACUUCCACCUCGUCAGACUCAACCGAUUCCUCUCCCACGACCACCAUCUCGACAAUGGACGGCUCUUCCAUGACCGAGCCAUCCCCCGGCCCGUCCCCGGCAUCGCCUGCCUCCAAGACACCGCAAUCGUCUUGCGUCCCGGAUCUCCGGUCAAGAGCCGCCGUCGCCAAUGAAAAGGCAAAGUCGGGCUCGCAAGAGCCCCAGUUUUUCGAGUUGCAGCGUCCGACGACUCCUGCAAAGAAGCCCCGCAACUUGAAGGGCUUGGCCGUCAACACCUCCAGUUCCUUGGGCUUGACCCGCCCCGCAAAUACCGCUGCUUUGCCGGUCGCCGCGCCAAACCCCGGCCCUUCGACCUCUUCAGCGCCCACCUCGCCUUCGUUCGUGAAGCCGCCGACGCCACCGAGGCGCAGACCGACAAACCUCACUUUGACGCUUCAGACCGGCAGUGGGGGCGGCCUCCCGACGCUUUCCAUUCCUCCGACUCCCUCGGUGAAGCGACCCAACACUCUUCGCCACUUCCAGUCAUCGCCCUCGCUCCCACUAUGCUCUCCGAGCGUGGCGCCUGCCGGUGGCAUGCAGCUUCCGCCACCGCAGCAGCAGAAAGCCAGCAAGCCACCCCCGCAGGGCUUCGCAGAGGUUCCGAUGGAGUACGAAGAGGAGGAGCAGGAGCCCAACUUUGACGUUCCUCAGUCGCGAGAGGAGAAGCCGCAGGCUUACCCCAAUGGCCCCAUUUGCAUCUACGAAUCUGGCGUGUACCUGUACUUUGAGCCAACGGCUGAACAGGCAUCCUGGUACGACGUUGUUCUUAAUGUGGCUAGCGAGGUGGCCAACCCCUUCGAUCCUCCUGCCGAAUCAAAGGAGAAGUCGGGUGCUGUUUCAAACGGCAACCCGACCCUGAAGCUUACGCAGCCCGCCGACCGUUCUUCGGUCGGUUCUGACUCGACAACCACCGAAAUCGCCGUGGAUCCCGAAGGCUCGCCAACCACUCCAAAGGCCACCCCUGUCUUCAAAGGUAAAUUGGACCUGCCGCCAAAGCGGCCAGAGUAUAUACAUGUACCUUGGGAGCACAACACCGACAUUGUUCCCGAUCUCUACAACCUGGUAAGGCUCAUCGAUGAUCGCGUGCAACAAAAGAAGCGGAUUUUGGUCCACUGCCAAUGCGGUGUCAGCCGUUCGGCCAGUCUUAUUGUCGCGUACGGCCUGUACAAAAACCCUGGCAUUAGCGUGCAGGAGGCCUACGAUGCGGUCAAGAAGCGGAGUAAAUGGAUUGGGCCCAACAUGAACCUGAUCAUGCAGUUGCAAGAGUUCAGAAACGGUCUGCUCCGCGCCAACGGUCACAGCCAAGGCUACAGAGGUGGUAUUCCGAGAAGGUUGUCGCCAAACCCUGGCCCUGCCACAAGCGGGGAACGUCGCACAAAUCCCUUCGACGUGGAUCCACAAUCUGGCUCCCGCACCCCGCAGACGGCUCCGCUGCCUCCAGACUAUGGGCCCGACCCGGUGCCGCAAAGGGCAAGCACGGGUAACAUGAUCCCGAUUUCGCCCGGGCCGACCUCUGCUCCAUCUGGCUUGGCAUGGGCCUCUCCCGGUUUCCGUCGGACAUGGGACUCGUCCCAGGCGCCUGUCGAGAUGCCCGUGGAGCAGCCUUUUGUCGAUCCCAAGGGUCACAUCAUCCCAGUGAUCACUAUUCAGCACCAGCGCCCCUCCUUUGAGCGGGAGAGGUCUUUUGAACGCGAAAGGUCUUACGAACAGGAGAGACCUUGGGAACAAGAGAAAUCUUGGGAGCAAAGAACGCUGGAGGCGCUGGACAAGGGCAGGUCUGACAGUACAGCAAGCACAGCGACGAUUCGUGCAGUUCCCAACUUUUCCCGUCAAUUGUCCGCCCAACAAAAGGACAAGCCCGACGCUCCGCCAGCAGUUUUAGGUGUUCAAAAGCCACACCGACCCCAGGCGAUUAAUUUGGAGAAGGCGCAGCAAGCCGAUUCUAGCAAACAGUUGCCCUUGAGACUCAACAGCCAGUCCGGCGAGCAGACACCGCUCGACAAGCCACGAAAGUCGAGUUUGUUCGAGAGACGUCAAAACAAGCCCGAUUCGUUUGGUGCGCCUCCUACGCCGCGGACGACGGGGUUCAAUUUGACUUCUCUCAGGCCAAGUAGUGGCCACAAGGAUGCUUCGGCAUUUUUGACUCCAAGUGUCGCACACUUUGCGUUUAACGACCAGCCGAAAGCAGACCGCCAGAACGAUUCCGUCAUUUCCAUGUCAGAUCGCCAUGUCCAAAGAUCCUCUUUGUCCGAAGCAAACGACGUGGACGAGCCCACCGCCUCUCCUAGAUCUGCAGAGUUCCACAUGACUCCGCUCAAACAGGAAAACGGCACCGAAAACGACUACGGAGUGCUUUCCCCCACGAGGUUUGAGUUUCCUAAGAACCCGUGGGAGAAGAACACCCGCGCUGCGGACAAACAGGAAUCCCCUCCAAAGCCUCGGAUGCAUGCCAUUCUGCCUCCUAUCGCACAGUCGCCGCCGGCUGAGACGCAAUUCCAGAGCUUUGGCUUCCUGUCAAGCACGCAGCCGCACACUCCUCCAGGCUCGACCAAACUGAACCCGUUUGAGUACACUCCGUCCAACGAGCCAAGUCCGAUGGCAGGCAGCCGUAAUCAUGUGGACAGGGAGAGUUUGCCGCCCUCGCUCCAAAUUGGAGUCGCGCCGCGCCAGGAUCAGGACAAACGGCAAGGAGCAGGUCUGCGCCCGAAGUUUUCCAAUCCUGACAUUCAGUCACAGAUCCGUCUUCAGGCCCUUCAGAAGAACAUCGAGUCUCAGCUGCAAAACCACUCUGACCAGCACACGGCGGAUGAGCUAGCUGCGCUCUUGUCUCCCCGCGCCUCGGAGUUUACUCAAAAUCCCUUUCAUGUCAAGCUCGAUGCAGCUCUCAUUCCUACCCCAGCCCGCAACGGCAAGGACCUCGAAGCGGACCGAGAGUAUCUGGGAUCGGACGUCGAACCAGAGCUGUACAAGGAACCUUCCACGCCCCACACGACUGACGUCGAUCCACGGAGCCCCCCUCACGCAGGGGCUAGCCCUAUCACGAGAAACAUCUGGGAUGUCUUGUGAGCGGCUGGCCUUGUUUGCCGUCUACCCUGGAGCGCUCCCGGUGUCAGAGCGCUGUGAUGGCUGAGCUUCGACUGAGCCUCUAGUUGCGCCGCACACUGUAUGGUUCCUGCGCAUCUGCAGUGCGUCUUUCAAAGCCACCAAACGCCUGUGCCGAGCAUCAUCCGUUCUCGA